AUGCGUCUACUAUCAGCCAAAGGUCUCUUUUUCAAGGAGUUCCCUGGCGACAAGAUCCCGAAGUAUGCAAUACUUUCUCAUCGAUGGGAAGGUGAGGAACCGUCUUACUCGGAUAUGAAAACCAGGGUGACACACAGAGAUGCCGAUGUUUUGGGUGCAGGACCACUGUGGACUGAGCGGAAUUACCGCAAGAUCUAUCAAUUUGGUCUUAUGGCUUCGCAAGCCGGGUAUGAAUACAUCUGGGUCGAUACUUGCUGCAUCGACAAGUCAAGCAGCACUGAACUUCAAGAGUCUAUUAACUCGAUGUGCCGAUGGUAUAUGGAAUCAGGCGUUUGUUAUGCAUAUCUUUCAGAUGUGACUAUAUCUGCCGAUGUUGUGACACACAAGACAGGAUCAGCAGGAUCGAAACCGUGGACGGAAUCGUUCCAGAACUCUCAAUGGUUCACUCGGGGCUGGACGUUACAGGAGCUUCUAGCUCCCAGGGAGUUGAUAUUCUACGAUAAGAAUUGGCACAUGUGUGGGAAUCGUGUCGAACUACAAGAUGCCAUUCAAGCGGCCACUGGCAUAGAUGGAACCAGUCUCAUUAAAGCCUCCUACGAGGAGGGGGCAUACUUAAGAUCGCUUCGAUCGGGAAGACUUUUUACCUGGGCCGCAAGUCGACAGACUACUCGAUGCGAGGAUAGAGCCUAUUCGCUCUUGGGAAUGUUUAAUGUUAACAUGCCAUUGCUAUAUGGCGAGAAAGAUCGGGCAUUCUAUCGUCUACAAGAGGAAGUCAUCAAGGUCAACGAAGAUAACGAGUGCGUUAGAUUCUCAGACCCCAUUUACGUUCCAUCACGAUUUGUGAACGAAGCCAAACCAGAACCCACCUGCUUCAUUCGUCAUACAGAAGCUGCCCACCUCUACGAACCCGGUGAUGGUCUCAGUCUCGGUUUAGCAGUCUGGAAUAAUUACACCACUACCUUCACCUAUCCUGUUCAGGCGCAAGCUGGGCGUCGACAUUUUCCUGCGCUGUUAGGAAGAUUUCCCAAGACUCCAAAACAAAAUGGCAACGACUAUAGCUUUAUUGUGGAACUAGCCGCUCGAACUGAUCCGAAGCGGAGAUAUGUUAUCAUUGUGGAAUACUGGGCAAGUGGCACAACCAUUACAAAUAUAACUACAACAGUCAAGAAACUUCGGUGGCCUAUCAAUCUAGUAUAUGCUAUGAAGCUUUUGCAGCGCAGACAAGUUAAGCUGGACUUUAAGUCACACAAGCUCCCGGACGCGGCGACUGUACGAACACGACAAGACCUCGAAGUUAGAACGAUUGGCGUGACAACCAGGUCUUUCGCGAAGUAA